CCGAACGCGCCACUGAAGAUGAACAGCGUCGGCGAGGGCUGCACGGAGCUCAAGCGCGAGUAUGACCAGUGUUUUAACCGCUGGUUCGCCGAGAAGUUCCUGAAGGGAGACCGGAGCGCGGAUCCGUGCAGCGAGUUAUUUCACAAAUACCACACCUGUGUUCAGAAAGCCAUCAAGGAGAAGGACAUCCCUGUAGAAGGCGUGGAGUUCAUGGGCGCAAACAGAGAGAAAGCGGACAGCUGAUGGCUUGGUUUAUUUUAUAUGGACAAGAGCAGAUGUGUUGCCAUCAUCAGGACGCUCGGACUGCAUCGAUGACCCUUUGAUGGACACUCACUCCUGUACAUUCAGUGCUUUGCCUGUUAAUGAGUCGUUGUUAGAGGCAUGUUUGAGCUGUCCUCGUGCAUGUGUGCAUUACAGAGAAGCCAGCUGUGUUUGGGUCGCCGGGUGCAGCUGCUUGAUGCUGUCAUGAAUAAACCAGGGUUCCUCAGAUCUUCCCCUGCAGAGCUCAGCUCGGACCCUGGUCAAACUCACCUGAGCCUGCUAAUCAUUAAACACCAUGUGACCAGGGUCGGAGCUGAACUCUGCAGCUGAUUGGCUCUUCGGGGGAAGAUCUGAGGAACCCUGAAAUAAACAAAUGUUAUGGUGACUGCAACUUUGUUUCAUGGCUUUUUUUCUCACAGUUGUAAGUUUGUAUCUCACCAUUCAGACAUUUCUCCUUUGAAAUCUGAGUUUAUGUUUUGCAAAUAUUUUAGUUUUUUUGUUUGCACUAAAGAAUAAAAAAAAAUGUCUCUCUGAAUUCAGAGUUUACAUUUUGCUGUUUUUUUCCACCGCAGAAUAUAAAAAGGUAAUUGUGACUUGAUCUUAAAAAUCUGAUUACUUCUUUAUUUUUUUCAUCAGGAUUCUGAGUUUAUAUCUCGCAAUUCUGUUUUUUGGGUUGUUUGUUUACAGUAUAAAAAAAGUUAAUGGUGACUUUCUUUUCAGACUUUUUUCUUGUAAUUGAGUUUUUUUCUUAUAAUUGUGAAAAAAAAUUAAGGUAAUUGCAACUUUUUCUCUGACAAUUCUGACUUUAUUUCUGAAUUCUGAGUCUACAUUUAAAAAAUUAAAAAGGUGAUUGUAAUUUCUUCUUAGAAUUCUGACUUUUCUCUCAAUUUCAGGUGUAUAUCUCACAAUUAAUUUUAUAAACUUCUUGCAUCUUAUAAUUAAGACCUUUUUGUCACAAUUACAAGUUUAUCUCAGUUCUGACUCUUUGCUCUGAAUUGCUUGUAAAAAAAAGAUCUGAUUUGUGAGAUAAAAAGUCGCAAUUACAUAUUUUAUUCCGUGUCAGAACCAAGCUUCCUCAGAAUAGGUUUGUUAAUGUAGAACAAUGUCUGAGUGUGUGAUUUAUUUUUACUUUCAUUAUUUUUCAUUGCAAGCCAACAAUAAGAACAAGUGUUCUGCUUCCACAGAGCGUCCGAAGCGCCUCGAGGCCGUAACGAAGCUUUGAAUCAACUGAACCAAGUGCAAAAUGAUUCAGUUUCGAAGCACUGAUCAGAACGCUGUAACGUGCAUAAAACACCAAUUCCUAUUGUUUUUUGAUAUUGUAAUCUAUUAAAUGCAAUUAACAAAUCAUCUAAUACCAUUAAAAGCCUCUGUAUGUGUUAU